CCCCACAACAUACCCCCUGAUCUAAUCUAUCCACGCACGCACCCAUCUCUCUCUCUCUCUCUCUCUAUCUAUCUGCAAAUAUUCUCACAUAUCAGAUUUCGCGAUCGGAGCCGGUCAACCGCGUUGUCUCACGUCGCUGCCGUGUCAGACUCUCAGUCGCCGAACCUAAACUCCGACUAACAAACAAACAAAAAAAAAAAAAAAAAAGAAGGAAAAACUCUAGCAUCGGCUACCUUCCACCAUCCACCACGGUCCCUUCCCUGCGUAUUUCUUGGUGGAUCUCUGUGAGGUGAGAGAGAGAGAGAGAGAGGGAAGGAGGCUUAAAAAGGAAACGCAGAGAAGAAAUAGGUGGAGGAAAAAAAAAAAAAAAGAAAGGCUUUUGGCUAUGGGGAAUGCCAACGGUAGAGACGAAGGAGCCAAUGGAAGGAACGGUGACGAUGAUAGUCUUAACGGAGGACGAUCCAACGGCGAUUUCGGGAUGCGUGGCGGCUACGCGCCGGCUCCUCCUGGUCGCAUGGCCUCUUCUGAGUUCAUGGAAAACAACACUCCCCCUGGAAGUCCCAGACGCGCCGUUUCUCCGAUCUUGUUCGGCUCUCAGGUUCCAGUAGCUCCAUUGCGAAGGGGUGAUGGAUCUCCCUUGUACCCUCAAAUGUGGCAGAACAAUUCUCGUGAUGCUGGUGAUUCUCCUCCAGAGCGAGGAAUUCCUACCAUGAUUACAUGGAGCUAUGAUGGUAGCAAUGUUGCUGUGGAGGGAUCUUGGGAUAACUGGAACUCUAGGAGAACAUUGCAGAGAUCUGGUAAAGAUUUUGCAGUUCUCAUGGUCCUGCCAUCUGGUUUAUACCACUAUAAGUUCAUUGUUGAUGGUGAAUCGAGAUACAUCCCAGAACUUCCCUUUGAAGCUGAUGAGAUGGGUCGUAUCUGUAAUCUUCUUGAUGUUCAUGAUUAUGUGCCAGAAAUCCUUGAUAGUGUAGCCGAGUUUGAUGUACCAUCAUCUCCUGACUCUACCUACAGUCAAGCAUUUCCAUCCGAGGAAGAUUUUGCGAAAGAGCCAGCGAUUGUUCCAUCCCAGCUCAAUCUAACCGUCCUUGGUAUGGAGAAUUCAGAUGAGGCUUCUUCUUCGAAGCCCCAACAUGUUGUACUCAACCACCUCUUUAUGGAGAAAGGAUGGCCCUCCCAAUCUGUGGUUGCGUUGGGUUUAACUCAUAGGUUUGAAUCCAAAUAUGUCACUGUUGUCCUCUACAAACCACUCAAAAAGUAAAUCCCACCUUUUUUUUCUUUUCUGUUUUUUUUUUUUUUUUUUUUUUUUUUUUUUAAUUUUUUGGGUCCUUGAUCUCAACUCUGUAAAGAUGACUUUAGAAAUGUAUUUUCCACUCGUGCUGUGAAAGUACAUUUGCUUAAUGGAACGGGUUUAGCAGUCUUAACUCUUGUCAA